AUGAGCAAAACUGUUGAUCAUGUUGUGUUUUUCAAGCUUAAAGAAGUUUCCGAAGAGAAGGAGAAGGAGCUUAUGGAGGAAUUGAAUUCAUUGCCAUCAAAAAUUGAAGGCGUACAAACUUUAACCUUCGGAAGAAAUAUUACACCCGAGCGUGCACAAGGUUACAAUUAUGCUCUGCGUGCAACAUUUGAUUCAAAAGAAAUCAUUCAAAAGUAUGCCAUUCACCCCGAACAUGUGAAAGUAGCCACCAAGCUUAAGGAAUUGUUCGAAGCGCCACCCAUUUGUUUGGAUUGGGAAUAUUAA